AUGAGCGUCGCAGCGGCCAGUGGUGCCGUAAGCACGCAACAACAUCAGCCAACUGCAGAACAAAUUCGGCUUGCACAAUUAAUUGAUGAUAAAAAACAUGAUCAACCUGAAGUACAAGAAAUUGUUCGAAAAGUUCUUGAUGUUGUAGCGAAUUCCAGUGCAGAUGAUGCUUUAUUAGCUUUAUUUGAUUGUGAUUAUGAUUUUGAAAGAACUGUGGCAUUACUUAUUGAAAAAGGUCAUGAUAUAGCUAGUGAAUGGCGUACAGCAACAAGUCAUAAAACGACUAAAAAACAACAGCAACAAAAGACUGCAUCAACUAAAAAUGGACAUAGAGGAGAAACAGAUGAGAAUGCACAACAACGAGGCAAUGGAAAAUCUCGUGGCAGUGGUGGUGGUGGUCGAUCGAGAUUUCAGCAACAGCAAGAAAAUGGAGGUGAUUCUCAAAAUAAUAAUCAACAACAACAAAAUGAUAAUUAUUUACCACAACAAAGAUAUCGAGGUGGUAGUGGUUACCGAGGUCGUUAUCGUGGCAGUAAUCGAGGUAGUCAUCGGGGAAAUGAUAGGAAUUAUCAACAACCCCAAUAUGAACAACAGCCACAAGAUUCAAAUAUUGAUAUUUCAACGUCAGAUACGACACAACGUUUUACUGAUGUAUCACAUACAAAUAGACGAAGUGGUGGUAAACAGCAACAACAAUGGGAUGUUGGUAAGUGGAAUGGUGAAACAUUAAUUUAUUCGAGAUCUGCAAAAGAUGAUGAACAAUCUGCAAAUUCAGACAAUAAUAAUAAUAUAUCUCAUGUUCCAUCUGGAAUGCUCAAUGGUCAGAAUUCAUCAGCAGGAACCUCGACAGUAAAUAAUGUUUCUGAAUUAAAUACUCAACAACAAUCGAAAAAUGAAUUUGAUCUGGUAGAAGCAGCUCGUCAGAUCAAAAAUGUUAUUGGUAUUGGUCAAUCACAACAACAACAACAUCAAAAUACUUCACUACCUAAACCUUUAAUGGAUUUAAAACCAUUAAUAUGUGAUCAACAAAUAGGACAACAACAGCAACAAAAAUCGAAUAUAAUAUCAUCAAAAUCAACUGGUCAAAGUUUAAAUACAAAAGUAACACCCCCGCCACGUAUACCACAUCAACCGGUGAUUUUUUCUGACCGUUUUGAUGGUGGGGUUAAUAAAAUUGAUGUACAAUUUGGUAAUUUGGGUGAACCACUUGAAGAUACAUCAUCACAAAAUGUAUCUGUACCGACAUCAUCUACAUCAUCAUCUGCAUUUUAUUCGCAUGCAGAACCAAUGACAUCAGUAACAAAACAAAAGACUGGUUCAUCAUCAGUUCAAAAUCCUCAACGAUCAACAACAACUACUAAUUUAACUCGUUCAUCCGAACAACAACAACCAGUACUAAAUCAACAACGUAUAAUACCACCACAAAUUCAGCAGCAACUACAACAGCCUUCAAUGACAAUGAAACCUGUUAUACCACAACAAUAUGCUGUACAUCAUCAACAACAUCAAAUGAGUCCACAAAAUUUGCUUUUACAAUCUAUACUUUUUCAUCAUCCACAACAACAAGAGCCGGUGCCAUUGGAUACUUCAUAUGAUCCAACACCAUUUCCAUUAACAUCAAUGGAUUUUAAUACAUCAUAUUUUAUGACAGCAGCAAUGAAUCAACAACCACCACAACAAACUCAACCACGCUAUCUUCUUCCACAACCAGCUCCACCACCACAACAACAACUAUCAUCCAAUCGACAGCAAUCAUCUACUAAUGUACAAACACCACCAUUGACGACAUCAUCAUCUGUACCACCUUCAUCAACAUCAACGACAUCAUCUACAGCUCCAAAAAAAGGACCAGCUGUUCCGCCAGGCAUGUUUCUUUCGACAGCACCACCAACACAACCAGCAUAUUCAACAGCUUAUUCGACAACAUACGGAGUUCCACCUUCAGUUGGUGGACAACAACAAACAGGUUCAACAACUUAUUCAACACAAUAUGAUACUGAACAUUUAUUUGCAACUCCAUAUAUGCAGUUAGCUAAUGCACAACAAGCACAGUCACCAUCCGGUACAUAUGGUUCAGUAACACCACCUGUUCAACCACAAAGUCAACAGCAUCAAACACAUAAUAAUAAUGAUAAUAAAACAAUGAAUUAUCGAGCUGCAAUUAAUGAAAAUCUCUUAUUUUUACAACAGUAUCAACAAUAUGCUAUUCAGCAAUCGAACAGUCAACAACAAGGUCCACAAGCAGCACAUUCACCAGCUCAAUUAAAUUAUUUUCUUGGACAUUCAGCUAGUGGACCAAAUUAUUCACCUGGUCCUCAAAUAAUGUAUGCUCAAACGGCAACAGCUAUGGCUCAACAACAACAAGCUUCUAAACAACAAGGUCAACAAUAUAAUCAAAAUAAUUCAUCAUCAAAUAUUGGUGGUAAUGAUGAUUAUUAUGGUCGUAAUUCAUCAUCAUCAUCAAAUAAAGAAGCACAUUAUAUGUAUGCCGUAUCAGCACAACCUCAGCAAGUUCCACCACAAUCAGUUGGUCAACAUCAAGGUGUGAAUAAACAACAACAACGUGCUAAUAGCAAUGUUUAUAAUAAUCAACAAAGUCAACAACGUCCGUUUCAAUAA